AUGGAGAACCCUCCGUAUGUCACCUAUCAACCCUACAAGUCCAAAAGGCACAACCGCAACUCAUCAAUUCCCCAGUCCAUAGUCAACGAGGCUCCACUGGCCGUGCAGUCGCGCCCCGUGUCGAAUCUGAUAAAUGGCCAAAUUUACAGCGAGACAGCGAUAUCCUUGGCCUCUGAUGGUCCUCUCGAUGCAGAGAAGCGAUCUAUAGCUGUGGCUAAUGGACGAGCUGUGAUGCAACGUCCAGUCUCCAUGAUCGACUCCCUGCCCCAUCUCCGACAAGAGCAGGCGCAGAAUCUGCUCAUUGCCGAGGCACCCGUGGCCAAGCCCCCGCCUGCCGCCGAGUCUGUUUCAUCUCCCGCUGGUCUUCAAAGCAGUUCCUCCCCUACCCCCACUCCUCCACACUCGCCUCUUGUGACUUCUCCACCGACUAUGGUUGCAGCGCUACCUUCCACGCCGUCGUCCUCCACGAACUCACCCAAAGCCAAUGGAAAAUCUAUCGCUUUGUCUGUGUCUCCGGUCGCUGGGCCGUCAUCUGUACCAACCUCCACAUUUCGCCGUGUGCCCCUGCGGUUACCCGCUACUCGUUCGGCGCACCCAUCCUCCCCUUUGCGACCCGCAAGCAUGAUUAUCACAGGUUCCUCUUCGCUCUCACCACGGACAACGGAGAGAACUCUGGGAGAGCCGAGGAGUGGUAUGUCUUCCGCUGUCUCGUCGCCUUCCAUACCUGCACAAGAUCCUCCCGUGGCCGUCGCUGCGGUUCCUACGCGCUCGUCAUCUCUGAUGACUUCUCCGGCGAGCGAAAUCAUGCCAACAUCACAGCCGACCUCAGUGUCCCCUUCACCCGCCAUUACCCCCUCCACGUCCACCUCAUCUGCUCUGCCGGUCGCGGGUCGUGCCCCGGCACGCUCUGCCGCCCCGUACCGACCCGGAUUCCAGCCCAAGGGUGUGUACCGGCCACGCACAGAUGAAUUCGUCGAGGCCCGCAACAGAAGUCGGGACGUGGGCCGCAUCGAACACACCCGACUCGAGCGAAGGCUCGAGAAGCUCAUCAACCUGCAUUUUCCGCAGCCCGGCCACAAGGAGGAGGUGUCGGCGGACCACCGGACGACGCAGCGGAACCGGCGCGCCUCGUCUAUCUGGGACCUCGACCUCUCGGAUCUCCGGACCAAGAGCGCGGGCGACUUAUGGCGCGAGGUCGUGCAGUCCCAGGGUGCGCAGAACAGCAAGAACGACAUCAGAGCCGCCGAACAGAAGAUUACACCAUGGGAGGAAGAUUCUGUUGUUUCGCAGUGUCCCCUCUGCUCGUCCACGUUCCAUCCCCUGACGAAUCGGAAACACCACUGCCGACUAUGCGGACGCAUCAUCUGCUCGCUGCCCGUCAAAUUCCCGCAACGCCCACAGACGUGCUCGCUUCUCUUCGUCGUGGACCAGAAGACCGGUCGAAUAGAAGAAGUAGGAGAAGGUGUAGACUAUGGUGUUCGCAGGCGCACCGUUUCCACGACCGGCAAGAACCCACGGAACGCGAAGCCCACCGAGGUGCUGAAUGACGACGAGAAAUUCCUGAAGGGUGUGCGAAUAUGCCACGACUGUCGGCCUCAGCAGCAGUACCGGCAUGAGAUGGCCUCAGUUCCCUUGUUCGCGAGGCUAUACGAGACGUUCAUCAGCCUGGAGAAGGAAAUUGAAGAGGAGCUGCCCAUCUUCCAGGAAGUUGUAGUCAACCUCAGUAAGCAGGAACGACCAACGCCGGAGGCAAUUGCUGCUCGGAAACGCCUCCUAGAGGCCUUUGAGCAGUACGACGCGCUCGCCAAACGAAUGCGCAAGCUUCCUUGCGUUCCAGGGAGCUCUCAAGACCGCAUACACGGUGCGAUUCUCGUUCGCGCAAGCAAUUUCCUCCAGAAGAACAUGUUCCCGCUCCAGUCCCUCCCGAAUCCCAAGAAAGCACCGUCCGGCUCCAACCCAGCCAACGACGCGCCCCCGCCGGACGAGCAGAUCAUCGACCCGGACUCCGAAGUCGCGCGUGUAUUGCAGCCGCUGCUCGAACAGGAGGCCCUGCUCGAGACGUUCGUCGAGGAGGCCAAGGCGCAUCGCAAGUUCGAGGACGUCAAGACGCUCAAGCGCAGCCUCCGCGAGAUCCGCGACGAGAUCGAACGCAUCCUUCAGAACGCAGAGGAGCGCGCUGCACCCCCCGCGCCCGCACAGAGACAUCGACGGACGUCGACUCGGACUUCGAACGCCUGA